CAUGCACAACCCCCUCCUUGCAUCAACCGAACUCCGUCAUAAUUCUACGGAACGAACAAACACCUACUACUAUUAGCCACGGCUAGUCACUGACCUUCACCUAUGUGACCUGUCUACCUGCGGACCUCUACCGAUACGGACGCCCUUCAAGCCCACCAUCCCACCAGCCUCAGGUCAGGUCAACCCAACCCGUGUGUCACCAAUAAUAACUGCCUGGGUACAAACCAAGCGAGCCGCCUUGAUUCUCCUUCAAACUUCAACUAAUCAGCUUGCUGACAUCCCGGUCUCGAUCCGGGAUUCUGUGUCAACCUCGCAUGAUCAGUUUUAGAUCCCCAUCCCAACCUUAGUUUCACUACAACUCUCUGCCCAUAUUCGACCUCUGCCUUCUUCAGUACCACCAUCUCACCGUACAACUGCGACCAAAGGUGAAGUGGGUGCCGCCGGUGCAUCAAAACAAACCACUAGUCUUCGCCGCCUCAAAGCGGUCACUGCCAGACCACAUCGUAACUCCGCCUGAAUGACUUUGAGACUUCGUCAUUAGGGCAAACUCUUGGAUCCAACACCAUACUUUGUAUCAGGACAACUUACUCUCUCUUUUGUCCUUCCAAACAUUGCCUUACCGUUGAGGGGACUUCCGGACCGAUCUUUAUGGAACACGUGAAACAUUUCCACUGGUGACUGAAGUAUCACAUUCGCCAAAAUGGCCUCACCACCGUUUUACGAUGAUCUUAGUCCACCUAGUUCACAGGACCGAUCUGACAGAGAAAACUCUUCUCAUAAACGUCGACGACUCGCUUCGGACUCGACUCCUCCACGACUGAUGGCUGACCCUACUCGACCUUCCAACAUUCCUCUGCCGCCUUCGUUCUCUGUUCAAUCUGGCUACUAUUUCCCGGUCAACGAUGCCUUCCCAUCCAUGCCCGCGGAUAACUCUCCCUGGCAAGAACACGCAGCCAUCGAGUACCUAAUGGCGGGAACGGGCUUUGCUCAAGACUUGAGGGGGAUGACAACCUUGCCAUUUGCUUACACCUUACCGACUAUCCCUGCUGGUUCUGAAACUGCACCGAGGCAUGCAUACACAAGUCAGCCACCUCCACCCCAGCCUCUGACAAGACCACAUGAAGUGAUGCGUGGAGAUAUGCGAGCUUUCCACAAUGACUUCUUUCGACAUUUUCCGGGCAUGUCUGAAGAACGUCUGAGAGAACUUUCCGGCCUUCUUCCCGAAGGACACCGGUAUCAUACAGGGAUUGAGGCCAGCAGGUGCUUUCCCGGGACCGAAAACAAUAGCACACCGCGCCCCUCGAACGCAAGCGCUCUGAGCGAGAUGGUUUCUUCUGUGUUGCCACAUAGACGUUCAGCUGCUUCAACAGCACCCGCCACUCCCAGUAAGCCCCCGAUCAGAUUGAUCCUCAGUCGCGCGACCACGGAAAGCAUCGAAGUCCUAGACGACCACAAGAGAGAAUGUCCUGCAUGUCAACUCGAAUUCGAAACCGAUGACUUCAUGGCCGUCAUCAGCUGCUGCGGUACCGCUAUGCAUGCUACUUGUCUAUCAGCUUGGGUGAAUUCUCAGACAUAUCACAAGAGUCGAGCCUGCAUGAAGUGCCGACGUGCUAUUGACGCCAGACGUCCAUUGAACAACGUGGUGUCGCCAGUCAGUGACCAAAAUUGGGACGAAGGUGCAGAUUUGAAGGCGCCGGAAACAUUGAAAGGAGAAGCGAAGAUCGAGCUGAAUGUUAGUGCCCGACCUGAACGCUCGGCCUAUCGACGUAUGAGAGGAGCUGCUGCGUACCUUUCUAGUUACAGAUCGUCCCGAGGUCCACCAGGGCUACCAAGCGACCUGAACGAGGGAGCCCGAAGCGCCAUCGAACGAGCAAAGCACGAACAUAUGAUGGAAAUGGAGGCGAUGAAGAACAACGUGAAGGCUGCUUACAGUGAGAGAAGUAAAGCACUCGACGACGAAGCUGCUGCAAGUCGAUCUUUCUGCGAUGCCCAAGUCAGUCUGAUCCGUGGAGCCGCUGUGGAUCUCGGACCACUAGCUAGGAGAUGGGAGGAGACGAAAGUGGCCAGGGACAAUGCAACCGAACGUUUCCGAAAGCUUCAGAGAGACUUGGACUAUAUGCACAGAUCUCACCUGGAUCGCCUCAAUGGCCUAGCCGAAGCAGCUUGGCUGGAGAGUGCCCGUCAGAGAGGAGAAGAGGUGGCUCGGAGCAUGACGGCAUCUGGACAGAGUGGCGGAAGUGCAUCUGCAAUAACAGCCUCUCCAUAGGGAUCCAAGAGGCAGACACUUGACAGCCAUGCCCGCGAAACUUCAGACGGCUCAAGGCGUUGCUCACAGGCUCCAAAGGCAGACCUCAUUGGAAUGGAAUCAAUGGGAACUUUGAGGGUUGAGAAUGAAGAAGGUAGUAGCCUGAAGUCUGAAGAGUCUCGGGAAAUGACAUGUCGUGGCGAGAAGAGGAACGUGGCCCGUCCGGCGCUUCUUGUGGGACGGGCUGACUGAUCCACGAUACUGGUCUGGUUGUGCAGUGAGCAGAAGGGUGCGUCACGAGAAAGGAUUUGAAAGAAGCGGUCAUCAGCACAGCGAAGCAGGCGACAGGCGUCGGACGCAGUGACACUCUACUUAUGAGGAUACGACCAUCAUGAAUUUCUGGGCGUAGGGCAUUAAUCACGGGGAUCCGCGCUGGUGUUGAGGAGUGGCUCAUUUAGGACUCACGGUGGUAGUAUUGCUUGCAUACUCAGGUCUCCAAUAUGGAGUACGGGGCUGGACAUGGACCGGGAAUACGAAUAGCACAGAGCCAACUCCUCAUUUUAUUAGCACACAGGUAGCUUUGCAUAGGUACGAAUCAACCGAUUUUUCUUAUCAUAA